UUCGAAUCUCAAAGUGUUAAGUGCUUUCAUUUUAUCAGUGGGUGAAACUGACGCUAUGCUGACAACAAUGCCUAAGCAAUUGAAGAAAGUCAGGCAAUAUGUAGUUGCCACCUUAGUUUCAUUCGGGGCCCUUUGCGCAGGGUCCGUGUUGGCCUGGACCGCCCCUGCCCUGCCCCAAAUUUUAAUCCCGGAAUUUGUGAACGCAUCAACCCACGAGAAUAUAACUGGAGCCCCCGGAUUCAGAAUAUCGGAGCAAGAAGGCGCUCUGGUGGGCUCCAUGCUGACGAUAGGGGCCUUGGUAUCGGCCCUGCCUGUGGGCAUUCUAGCCGACAAAAUGGGCCGCAGAUUCGCCAUCUUAUCCCUGAGUUUUACGUUUCUACUGCACUGGAUUCUGAUUGUGUUCAGCUGCAACGUGGAGAUGGUGGUAGUGGGGAGAUUUUUCGCCGGCAUGGGGCUUGGGGGGGUUUGUGUAGUGGUACCAAUGUAUGUCGGCGAAAUUGCGGAAGCCUCAUCCAGGGGAAUUCUAGGCGCUUUCUUCAACCUAUUCCUUUGUGGUGGUAUGCUUUCAGCCUGUACCAUUGGAGCUGUCAGUAACUGGGUUGGUCUAUCCAUAGCGCUAUCAUUGUUCCCUGUAAUUUUUGGGGUUUCCUACUUUUUUAUACCGGAAACGCCGUCAUUUUUGUGUGAGAAAAACCGCCUUGAAGAAGCUGAGGAUGUUCUUAAAGACUUGAGAGGUGAAAAUGUGGAUGUGCAAGACGAAUUAAACCAAAUACAGAAAGGAAUUGAAGAAUCCAGAGAGAACUCUUCAUCGUUCGCUGACAUAAUUUCGAAUACUGGAAACAUUAAAGCUAUUGUGGCAGUGUGUGGUAUUUUGGCGUAUCAACAAUUGUGUGGUAUUAAUGCUGUGGUGUUUUAUUUGGGGACCAUAUUUAAAGCCGCCGGUAGCACAUUGUCCCCUUCAAUAGCUGGAAUCAUAAUAACAUCGGUACAAUUAGUUGUGUCGUAUUUAUUCACCUUCAUCAUAGAAAGAGCAAAUAGAAGGUUCUAUCUAAUGUCAUCAUCCGCUGGUAUGCUGUUGUCCCUUGCCACCUUAGGAAUGUUUUUCCACCUCAAAAACAUAGGAAUAGAUGUCACCCAUAUCGGUUUCCUACCCAUAUGCAGUACUAUCGUAUUUGUAACGAUGUUUUCCAUUGGUUACGGUCCAAUCCCGUGGCUGUUAUUAGGAGAACUAUUUUCACCAGAAAUCAAAGGCUUUGGAAGUGGAAUUGCGGUUGUUAUAAACUGGAUAGCCGCCUUUUUGGUGACUUUUUUCUUCCCUAUAAUCAAUUCUUCUCUAGGCAGUCACGUAGCUUUCUAUAUUUUAACUACAAUUUUGGCGUCAGCUACCUUUUUUGUGUACUUUUUCGUACCUGAAACCAGAGGAAAAACGCUUACGGAGAUACAGGAGGAGCUAAAUAAAUAGAUUUAGGGUAGUAGAGAUUUUUUAAUUAUUUUUUGUAUUUGACUGAUUUACUCGACCUAUAUUAGGUUUAAGAUUUUUAUGUAUAAAAUAAAGUAUAAAAU